UGGAGAGACUACGGCUCUCCAGUUAAAGGAGGAACUGCGCGAGGCGGUUGGACGUCGAGACAGCUUGACAACGGAAUGUGAUUUGCUACGUUCACAGUGUGAGGCCGCGACCCAACUGUCGAGAGAAUGGGAGAGCACGAAACGGAGGUUGAACCAGAUGAACUUGGACCUCAGCCAACAGGUUGGAACGUUGCGGAAAGAGGAGCGCAUCCUUUCCGACACGAUUGCGUGCAGUACUCACCGGAUCAAGGUUUUGGAGGUAGACCUUGCACGUGCAAACGAGGAAAUCGCGCGGGUCAGUAGGUUGGUUCCAACAGUUGAGACGGAACGGGCCCGUGCCCUAAAAGAGACCGACCUCAACGCACAGGUCCAGGUAGCGGAAAACGCUCGGUUGAAAAUUCAAGUUGAAUUGACAGAGACGAAACGCGACCUCUUGCUUGAGAGUGAGAAGAACGCGGUCGCGCAGCAAGAAAUUGAAAACCUUCGCAUCGAACUCUUGCGACUGGCUCCGCGCGGUUCUUCAACCCCGGAAGCGGAGUAUGAAGCAAUCGUUCGAGGUUUGAAAGAGCAAAUCCAGGCUGAAGAGACCCGUGGACUCCAACAGCGGGACCGUUUCAAAGAAG